AUGUCACACUUGGAACGCUUUGAUGGGUUGGCUUUGAAACUGAAAAGUGAAGACGGUAGUGCUGUGCAUCUGGCUGCUAUUUCAGAAUUAUGCGAUAUUAUCGAUCCCAUAGGCUCGUCAGCGGAAUAUGAACAAUUUUUAAAAGCAGUGAUGGGCGUACUCUUGGAGCGGUUGCAGCAAACGCCGAUCUCAUUAGAUAGCACUUCUGCGCAGCACAAACUCAGGAACUCGAUUCUAGAGGUUAUAAGUCGAUGUAACAUGAACGAAACAUUCGAACCGUAUGCGUUAGGUAAUCUAGAUACCAUGCUGGCCAUCUUGCAAGAAGACAACGAGGAAAACGGCGUUCUUGCAAUGAAAAUUAUAACAAGCUUUUUCAAAGCGUACAAAUCGGUGCUUCAGGAUCGGGUCACAAGUUUCAUCGACGUCAUCAUGAACAUUUACAAACACAUGCCUGAGCUCGUUAGGCAAACCUUCAAUAGUGAUGAUGUGAGCCAAGAAUUAGGAUCUCCCAUGGAGUCCGCUCCGGGCAACUCGGAUACCAGAGGUUCCGACGCGGCUGAAGAAGAUGGUCAAUCCUUACAAAGCGUGGCAUCUUCGAGACUUUUGAAGCAGUCGAUGUUCUCCUUUAAGGUCCUGUCAGAAUGUCCCAUCACCAUGGUGACACUGUACUCCUCAUACAAGCAAUUAACAACUACAUCACUUCCUGAUUUCAUGCCUUUAGUAAUAGAUUUGCUAACCAUGGAGGCCAACGCUCAAAAAAAAACACGGGAAGAAGCCGAGUCGCGCGGCGAGAGAUGGAUAAGUGUCAGCCCAGACAUAAGAAAUAGGUCUGCUUACUGUGAUCUCAUUCUUUCACAAAUCAAGGCAACGUCUUUUCUGGCAUACGUAUUCAUCCGAGGGUACGCCGCAGAGUACUUACAAAAGUAUGUGGGUUUCGUUCCGGAUCUCAUAUUGAGGUUGUUACAGGAUUGUCCAGCAGAACUUUCUGCCGCCAGAAAAGAGUUAUUACACGCAACAAGGCACAUUUUGUCCACCAAUUAUAAAAAGCUGUUUUUGCCCAAAAUCAACCUUCUGUUUGACGAAGAAGUCUUGAUAGGAAAUGGAUUUACGUCACACGAAACUCUCCGCCCUUUAGCCUAUAGCACUGUUGCAGAUUUUGUGCAUAAUGUGAGGGGCGACCUUCAAUUGGACGAUAUCGAGAGAACGAUAAAAAUGUAUACGAGUUUCCUUUUGGACGAAAGCUUGGCAUUGACCGUUCAAAUCAUGAGUGCAAAACUGCUGCUGAACCUGGUGGAAAGAAUUCUCAAGCUGGGGAAAGACAAUCCCAAUGACUCUGUGCGAUCCAAAAAACUCUUGAUUGUGAUAAUAGAUGCCUACACCGCGCGGUUCAGGAACUUGAACCGCCAAUAUGACAACUUAAUGAAGCACCACGAAGAAUAUGAGAAACAGAAACUCGUUAAGGCGGAGACUUUUAGAGGAGAGAUCGAAAAAAAUAAUAAGGAAACCGAAGAUUUUAUCAGCAACAUGCUGAAAAUAAAAGAGCCUUCGAAGGCAAAUAAAGACCAUGAGGGGGACAUUAAAAUGGAAGACACUCCGACAGACAAAUCCCCAUUGAUUCCAGAAGCAGAUAAUGGUGGCGUACUUCAGGUCUCUGAAAAAAAGGCCGUCGAUGUUUUUGACAUCAAAUAUAAUAGUCCCAUCUUGCUUUCACCGCCACCCAGUGGAGAUCCCUUGAAGGAUGCCUUUUAUCUUUACCGGACUUUGAUGUCGUUUUUGAAAACAAUCAUACAUGAUUUAAAGGUUUUCAAUCCACCUUCGACUGAAUAUACAACAAUUAAUCCGAAAGUUUGGACCUCGCUCUCCAGGGUUUUUUCUCACGAAGAGGUUAUCGUGUUUAAAAACUUGUUCCAUGAGUGCAUAUUGGGAUUGCAGUUCUUCUCCAGUCCCGAGCGCAAAGCUGCCGGCACAGAGAAAAAGCAUUUUGACAUUGCAGCUCCGAGCCUUCCUGUGUCAGCUACGAAAGAUGGAAGGGAGCUUAUGGAUUAUUUUGCAAUAAUGUUCAUGCAAAUUGAUAGCCCGACUUUCAAUGAUAUCGUGGAAUCCAAGAUCGAUUUUCUGUACGAAGCGAUGCUGCGGGACUCGGCUCUUCUUCAUGUUGCCCAGUCAUUUUUAACAAGUGAGAUAACGUCUCCGAAGUUCACGGGGAUACUACUGCGAUUUCUCAAACAUAAGCUUCAGUCACUGGGAAACGUUGACGGCAACAAGUCUAAUAUUUUGAUCCGAUUAUUCAAGCUUUCUUUCAUGUCGGUGAAUCUCUUUCCAAUAACUAACGAGGUUGUAUUGUUACCUCAUUUGAACAAUUUGAUACUAGAUUCCCUGAAUUAUUCGACCACAGCCGAGGAACCUUUAGUUUACCUCUAUUUGAUUAGAACCCUCUUCAGAAGCAUAGGUGGUGGACGGUUUGAAAAUCUAUAUCGGUCGAUAAAGCCUAUCCUGCAGGUCCUACUACAAUCUCUGAACAGAAUGAUUUUAACUGCGCGGCGGCCGCAUGAGAGAGAUCUUUACGUCGAACUAUGCCUCACUGUACCUGUUCGUCUAAGUGUGCUUGCACCGUACCUGACAUAUCUAAUGAAACCUCUGGUUUACGCGCUGCAGGGUUUCCCCGAACUUGUGACGCAAGGCUUGAGAACUUUGGAGCUCUGCAUAGAUAACUUGACAGCAGAGUAUUUCGAUCCCAUAAUCGAGCCUGUGGUGGAGGAUGUUAUUCGCUCCUUGUUCAAGCUUCUGAAGCCACAGCCCUUUAAUCAUCAAAUCAGUCACACAGCUGUAAGGAUACUCGGGAAAUUAGGUGGCAGGAACAGACGGUUCCUCAAACAACAUACUGAUCUUAGAAUCGCUGGCGAGUUAGACACACCUGUCAAUGCACUUUUCAAAAUUCAUGGAAUGAACGAAGAAGUCCCAUUGUCGAUCACACCAGGAGUCCGUUCCGCUCUUAAUAUUCUCGAUGACUACCGUUCGGACAUUUUUUACAAGAAAAGUGCCUUCAAUUACUUGAAAUCGAUCCUACAGCUUUUCCUCAAGUCCUCCUUGGUAUUCCCCGAUGAUUACGAAAAGUGGGUCAGAAGUGCAUUAAAGCUUCUGUCGGCAGAUGGCGUGGGCCCUGUUGAAUCAAACGACAUAGACGAGGGGAAAGUUAAAGACAGGCGCUUGUUGGAAAGUCAAGAGCUGCUUUUGAUGAAACUCUUAGAGUCGCUCAUCUUUUCCACAUCGAUCGCCGAGCUUAAAGAGGACGCCAGCAAUCUACUCAACAAUGUAAUUCGCCAUUUUUGCUUUUUGCAGUUGAAUAACUCGGUUAAAGCCAAACGUUGCGAAAACACAACUUUUGAUGUAAACGUGAAGCUUUUCGAUGUCACUAUUGAUGUAAACAUCAUGCUUGAUGCAAUACUGACCGGAUUAGGCUCCUACUUGGAAGAGGCUCGGGAAACCGCUAUAUCAGCUGUUAAGAUGAUUUUCAACACAAGCAGUACGAUUUACGGCUCGGAGCUAGCCUUAAAAUACUCGUUCAUUCCGGUCUUGACAAAAAAGUUGAUCCAUAAAUGCUAUGAUGAGGCAUACUUCGAAAAAAGCAGCGGGGUGUGGGGUAUGAAAACACUGAUAGAGGAGCAAAGCAUACCUGUCGAAUACUUGAAAAGGUAUCAAUUUCACAUGAUUGCUAGUCUUUUAUUUGUUCUGAUAGAUACGCCUAUGGAAGCCCCGGGGAUCAUACGUGAGAGAGCCGCUAGUAUGAUAAUGGAAAUCUUGUCGAGAACGUGCCAAAAUAUCAGUGAAGAUGAUUUGAAAGAUAAAGACUUGCAGAAUACUCUGAUCGAUAUUGUAUGCGAGCUGAGUAAUCCUAAGGAGAUCGUCAGAGACACUUGUCAAAAAGCUCUCUCUACCAUAUCUGAUGUUUCGGGCCUUUCGAUCGUAAAGUUGAUGGAGCACUCAAAAAACUUCUUGCUUUCUCCUAUUUUUGCAAAACCGCUUAGAGCUCUACCAUUCCCCAUGCAGAUUGGCAAUGUUGAUGCUAUAAUCUACUGUUUACAACUUCCCAAUACAUUUUUGGAGUUCAAUGAAGAGCUUUAUAGGCUUCUUCAUGAAGCAAUAGCUUUGGUAGAUGCGGAAGAUGAGUCUCUUGCUAGUGCCCAACGGGUGACAGAGUACCAAACCGCCGAGCAAUUGGUGCAACUGAGAGUAGUGUGCAUAAGGUUGCUUUCCCUCGCUUUGAAGAAUAAUGACUUCGCGUCCGCUCAACAAGGUGCUACGCGGAUCAGGGUUCUUGCCGUGUUUUUCAAAACCAUGCUGAAGACGUCGCCGGAAAUCAUCGAAGCUACGUACCAAGGCUUAAAAAGUGUUCUUGCUGAAAACUCGAAACUGCCAAAAGAACUUUUGCAGAAUGGACUGAAACCCAUGCUGAUGAACCUUUCGGACCAUCAGAAGCUGACGGUCUCUGGACUCGAGGCUUUAGCAAAACUUUUAGAAUUACUGAUAGCAUACUUCAAGGUUGAGAUUGGGAAAAAGUUGCUGGACCAUCUGGACGCCUGGUGUAGAGUGGAAGUGCUAGAUAUGCUUUUUGGAAAAGAUCUAAAAGAGCAAACUCCAACAAAAAUCAUUUACGGGAUCAUCAAUAUCUUUCACCUCCUACCGCCUCAAGCCGACAUCUUCCUUAAUGAUCUCCUUUUGAAAGUUAUGAUGGUCGAAAAGAAGUUAAGACUUCAGCUCGACUCUCCUUUUCGUGUGCCGAUGGCUAAAUACCUGAACAGGUUUCAUGUGUCAGUUAUAACUUACUUCAAGAAUAACCUAGGCUCAAGAGAUUUGGUAUUACUCAUGUGCUCGAUAAUCAGAAGACCUGAAGCCAUCGAUCUCAAAAAUGAUUUCAAAAGCGAGUUUGACAAUUUUUACGAAUAUUACAUGACCGGAAUUGCAUCAAACAAGGUGAGGGUCGUAAGCUUUUUUGCCAAUGUGGUAGAAAUUUUUGACGCUUUGCUUGAAGUAGAAGGCGAAGCUUGGCUCGCAGAAAGUGGAUCAACAUUGGCGAAAAUUAGAUCCAUGUUCAAGCUUGCCAUCGAUACAAUUGAAGAAGGUAAUUUUUACUAUGACUCUUUACAAUUUUCACAGGCCGCUGACAAAGUCCAAGGAUCUUAUGCUCAGUAUCUGAAAUUGAAUGUGCAAAACCCAUCCUUACUUUUCGAAUAUCUGGAUUUCGCAUUCACUGCGAAGAUCGAUCUUUCUCAAUCUAUUUUGGAGUUCAUUGAAAAGUGCGUUAUUACUACACCAGAUACCGAGAUCAGAAAAGUGUAUCUUCAGCAAGCCGUGAUGUUUGUAACCAGUGAUAGACCCCUAGCGGCGAGUGUUUUCGUGCUUAAAAAUGUGAUCAACAGUACACUCGUAUACGAGGGCGCAUCAAGGAAAUCAUUAUCGAAUCUAACCGGCGAACAAGGAGAUCCAUUCCCAGAAUGGUUGACUCUUAUGUACUCGAAAAUCUGGAAGGGUUCAAAUGAGGCUCUAGAAAACUACGCUGCUGGAGAUUAUGAUACAUUUAGGUUUGAGCUUUUACAACUGUCGUCAAUCUUGACAGAGUACGCUCCAGAUCUAAACUCUGAUAUCAGAAAAGAUAUUAUCAGAUUCUGCUGGAACUUCAUAAAGCUGGAGGACCCUUUGCUCAAACAAGCGGCUUACAUGGUCACUGCUUACUUCAUUGCGAAAUAUGACUUUCCUGUUAAAAUUGUUACACAAGUGUUUGUCGCACUUUUAAGGACUACCCAGCUGGAGUCUCGAUUCAUGGUCAAGCAUUCUUUGGAUCUUUUGGCACCAGUCAUGCAUGAUCGAAUGUCGGAGGCCGACGCUCCUAAUUCUUGGGUCAACUGGGUUAGGCGUGUACUUUCUGAAAACAAUGCUAGUCAAAACAGCGCGCUAUAUCAGCUUUUGAUCAGCCACCCCAACGAAUUCUUCGAAUCUCGCGAUCUCUUCAUUCCCAGCAUCAUUAAUUACAUUGGUAAACUGACAAUGCUAGCAAAUCCAAAUUUAGAGAACCAGGCGUUGGCCGUUGACUUGGCAGAGCUUGUUUUGCUUUGGGAGCAGAAGGGUAAUGGAUGUCAAAGUGCUGCCCUAGCUUCGCCCACAAACGAUGGAGAUGAGGGAAGUAGGGAAGCGCAGAACAUAACUUCUGGUCAAAAGGAGGCUUUCGUUUCAUGCAUCAUUAGAUUUGUGUGUGCCAGUACACACCGAGCCUCAGAGACUGAAUUGGGUUACAGAUCUCUCAAGGUUCUUUCCGAAAUUUUGAGUGAGAGCACAUGGCCAAACGUAAACAUCAAAUUGAACUACUUUGAAAAAUUCCUUGUUCAGCAAGAUCUGACGUCAUCAAACGUUUCAUUUUACUGUAUGAAUGCGCUAGAUGUCCUAGCCAUCAUCUUGCGUAAUAAGAAUUCAACGUGGAUUUUGAGCAAUCUAACUUAUCUUCAAAGUCUACUCGAAAAAUGUAUGAGAACGGAUCAUCAUGAUAUACAGGAAGUUCUUCAAAAAGUAAUCACCACGAUUCUUUCCGCAAUCAAAUCUGAAGAAGAUAUACAGGUGGAGAGCGACAUUGAAUCCCCGGGCAGAGCAAUGGUGACCACGUUGGUCUCCAUAAUCACCGAGGAUUUACAAGGAACAUCGUCUGUCGCGGCAGGUGUUAUGUUAGCUUGGACCUUAUUCAUCUCUUUCCCGCAGCAGAUAGAUUCUCUUCUUCCUUCCAUCAUGAAGACAUUCAGCAAGCUAUGCAAAGACCAUCUCGCAACCUCACAGCCCAAAGACCCUGCUACUCUUGAGGAGUCGAGGAUCACCACCAGGUUACUGGAAAAGGUGCUAUAUUUGCUUUCCAUGAAAGUUGCCUCGUUAGGUGAUGCUAGAAGACCGUUCUUAUCGACCGUUGCACUGCUCAUUGAUCGCUCUAUGAAUCAGCAAUUCUUGAAGAAUGUAAUCACAAUCGCUCGUACGUGGGUUUUCACAAAUGAGAUCUUUCCAACAGUUAAAGAGAAAGCUGCAAUUCUGACAAAAAUGUUGGCAUUUGAGGUUAGAGGGGAGCCCAAGUUAUCCAGGCAGUUUUACGAAAUAAUUCUCGAACUUUUCGAAAACAAGAACUUCAAUAACAGCGAAAUCACUGUAAGAAUGGAGCAACCGUUUCUGGUGGGAACCCGCGUCGAUGAUAUCUACAUCAGAAAGAGACUUAUGACAAUACUUGACGAGAGCCUUGAAAAGGAUAUCAGGGAAAGACUCUAUUAUGUCAUCAGAGAUCAAAACUGGGAAUUCAUUGCUGACUAUCCUUGGCUAAAUCAAGCCUUACAGCUUCUUUAUGGUGCUUUUGAUAAGAAUUACUCUCUUUAUUUGAGUGACUCAUAUCAACUGGACAGUUUGAAGGCACUAGCCACAGACCUGUCGGUAGAAGAGAUCACUGACGACUUUGAAAAAGACUCCUUGACUACUCUUGUCGAGGACCACAAGCACUUUGCUGAGAAGUUUGAGCACGUUACGACCAACGACCUUUUAGAACCCUUGGUCGACAUUUUCUACCAAAGCCCGCAAGCGAUUCAUGCGACUUGGAUAAAUGUAUUCGGCGCAGCAUACAAAUCAAUUCCAAAGAAUGAGAAAUUUGGGUUUGUGCGCUCUUUGGUGACCUUGCUGUCAAAAGACUAUCAUGCUCGCCAGUUGAAUGUGAGAUCGAACGUGGUAAGCACUUUGUUGGACUCGAUAGGUGAAAUUGACUCACUAGAACUUCCUCCUCACCUCAUCAAAUAUGUGGCUGGAUCAUAUAAUUCGUGGUAUCAAUCGAUCAGAAUUCUCGAGUCCAUGGAAGAAAAAGCGAGUCUUGAGAAUGCUAAGAUCAUUGAGACCAACGAGGACGCUUUGCUCGAGCUUUACAUCAACCUGCAAGAGGAAGACAUGUUUUACGGUCUGUGGAGACGAAGAGCGAAAUAUACAGAAACCAGCAUCGGACUCUCCUUUGAACAGAUUGGACUUUGGGAUAAAGCUCAACAGUUAUACGAAGCAGCCCAGAUCAAGGCCAGGAGUGGGGCCUUACCAUAUUCUGAUUCCGAAUAUGCUACGUGGGAAGAUAACUGGAUUAUGUGCGCUGAAAAACUUCAGCACUGGGACGUUCUCACCGAGUUAGCCAAACAUGAAGGUUUCACAGAUCUACUUCUGGAAUGCGGCUGGAGGGUUGCAGACUGGAGUGCAGAUAGAGAGGCUCUCGAACAAUCGGUGAAAAGCGUCAUGGAUGUCCCUACUCCUAGAAGGCAGAUAUUUGAGACAUUUCUGGCAUUACAGAACUUCGCCGAGACCAAAAAAGGAGAGCAAGAUGUCAGGAGACUGUGUGACGAAGGUAUCCAAUUAUCCCUUCACAACUGGGCCUCUAUGCCAGAACGGUUUACGCCCGCUCACAAAUUUCUUUUACAUGGUUUUCAGCAGUACAUGGAGUUUUUGGAAGCUACUCAAGUUUAUUCUAAUCUGGCAUCAACGACCGUUCAAAAUUUAGACUCAAAAGCACAAGAGGUGAAACGAGUUCUCCAAACGUGGCGGGAUCGGUUACCCAACAUAUGGGAUGAUAUCAAUAUGUGGAAUGAUUUGAUUACAUGGCGUCAACACGCUUUUCAAGUUAUCAAUAAUGCAUACUUACCAUUGGUUCCAGCCUUGCAACAAGCGAGUGGAAACAGUAAUGUCAAUACGCAUGCCUACCGCGGCUACCACGAAAUCGCUUGGGUCAUCAACAGAUUUGCUCAUGUUGCUCGUAAGCAUAAUAUGCCUGACGUCUGCAUAAGUCAGUUAGCGCGCAUCUAUACAUUGCCAAACAUUGAAAUUCAGGAAGCAUUCUUGAAGCUUCGAGAACAAGCCAAGUGUCAUUAUCAGAACAUGAAUGAACUAACUACUGGGCUGGAUGUGAUCAGCAACACGAAUCUAGUAUACUUCGGAACCGUUCAGAAGGCUGAAUUUUUCACUUUGAAGGGUAUGUUCCUGUCGAAACUGAGAGCACACGAUGAGGCUAAUCAAGCGUUUGCCACUGCUGUUCAAAUAGAUUUGAAUCUAGCCAAAGCUUGGGCCCAAUGGGGGUUCUUCAAUGAUCGGAGACUUUCUGAAGAACCCCAAAACAUCAGCUUUGCGAAUAACGCCAUUAGCUGUUAUCUUCAAGCUGCCGGUCUUUACAACAACUCCAAGACGAGAAAGCUGCUCUGCAGAAUAUUGUGGUUAAUAGGAAUUGACGAUAGCACCGGAACACUCGCAGGCGCUUUCGAGUCAUUCAGGGGCGAGAUUCCAGUUUGGUACUGGAUCACAUUCAUACCACAGCUGCUAACGUCGCUCUCUCACAAGGAAGCCAACAUGGUGCGACAAAUAUUGAUAAGAAUUGCUAAAAGCUAUCCUCAAGCAUUGCACUUCCAGCUCAGAACCACUAAGGAAGAUUUUUCUGUCAUCCAGCGGCAGACAAUGGUCGCUAUGGGCAACACGCGUCCACCGAACAGUAAAAACACCAACUCUGCGAAUGGGUCGCGGCAACCUUGGGAGUAUUUGGACGAGCUCAAUGGUAUUUUGAAAACGGCAUACCCUCUCCUGGCUUUGUCUUUGGAAUCUCUGGUUGAUCAAAUCAAUCAAAAGUUCAAGACAACGUCAGACGAAGAUCUGUUCAGAUUGAUCAAUGUAUUGUUGAUCGACGCGACGUACAAUUACAACCGUCUCCCGUUGCCAAGAGUGGAUCUGUUGUUACCAGCAAGUACGGAAACAAAUUUGGUUAGGUUCUCUGAAAACCUCCUUCCACCUCAUAUACGAGUCAAGUUCAACGCAGACUUCAUUGACAGCAAGCCAAAUUUCGAAGAGUACAUCAAGAGAUUGCGCUACUGGCGGAACCGCUUGGAAACUAAACUUGACAGAGCUCCGAAGAUAGAAAACAUGGAAAAAUGGUGUCCACAUUUGAGCAAUUUCCAUCACCAGAAGUUUGAAGAUAUCGAGAUUCCUGGUCAGUAUCUUCUGAACAAGGACAGCAAUACUCAUUUUGUGAAAAUUGCUCGAUUUUUACCUCAUGUUGAAUUUGUUCGCGGUACCCAUUCUUCAUAUAGAAGACUGACGAUUCGAGGCCACGAUGGUAGUUUACACUCCUUCGCUGUUCAGUAUCCGGCUGUAAGGCAUUCACGCCGCGAGGAAAGAAUGUUCCAAUUGUUCCGUCUUUUCAAUGAAACUCUAUCCAAAAACGUGCAAACGCGUCGGAGAAACAUUCAAUUCACACUUCCAAUUGCAGUACCACUGUCACCACAAGUCCGCAUAAUGAACGAUAGCGAUACUAUAACAACGAUGCAUAGCAUUUACGAUGACUAUUGUGAUAACAAUGACAUGGAUAGAAACGCGAUACAGGAUUUCGUCUGUCAACAAUUGGAUGCAGCAUACGAUAAAGUCCUACCGCCCCCCGAUAUAACGGCCGUCAAAGUUGAAAUUUUCAGUUCCGUGCAAUCCAUUUACCUCCCUUCAACAGUCAUGAAAGAUUACUUUAUGAAACUUUUCACUCAAUUUGAAGACUUCUGGCUUUUCCGCAAACAAUUCUCAUCACAGUACGCGUUGUUUGUUUUUAUGACUUACAUGCUUGCUAUCAAUAACCGCUCACCCCAUAAAAUUUCGAUCGACCAAGCUUCGGGGGAUGUCUUCACUACAGAGAUGCUUCCAGCGAGAUAUCCGUAUGAGAGGGUUAAGCAGACAGUGAAAAACUUUGAGGCCAAAAUACCAGCGGACUCGCCAGUAUUUCAUAACAAUGAGGCUGUUCCGUUCCGAUUGACACCUAACGUGCAAAAACUAAUAGGUGACUCUGGUCUCGAGGGUAUAUUAUCAGUCAACGUUUUUGUUGUGGCGCGUGCGUUACUGGAACCCGAAAAUGAACUGAACACUUACUUAUCACUUUUCAUUCGUGACGAGGUCAUUUCAUGGUACAGCAAUCUGCAUCGCUCUAUUGUUGAAGAUCCUCAAUUGCGGGAAAUUGUACGCACCAAUGUUGACCUCAUCACACGGAAGACUGCCCAACUGGGACACUUAAGCUCGAAGCCUUCGGUCGCCACUCAGUAUGUUUUGGAUGCCAUCAGUGCUGCUGUCAGUCCUAGAAACUUGGCGAAAAUGGACCAAAGUUUUAUGCCAUACUUUUAG